CUCUAAACAAGCCAUUUUAUACUUUGAGCAAAUCAAAAAAAGUAUAAUGGCGUUUAGAGUGAAAGUUUCUGUUUGCAUCAUUCUCUUCUUGUCCUUCUCAUCAUUCUUCUUCUCAUUGGGUACUGCCCAAGGGGGUUUCAACUAUAGAGAAGCUCUUGAAAAGUCCAUUUUGUUCUUUGAAGGACAAAGAUCAGGGAAACUUCCCCCUAACCAGCGUGUCUCUUGGAGGGGUAGUUCGGGACUUUCAGAUGGUUCACUUGCUAAAGUGGACUUAACUGGAGGCUAUUAUGAUGCUGGAGACAAUGUCAAGUUCAAUUUCCCAAUGGCAUACACUACCACAAUGCUCUCUUGGAACACACUUGAGUAUGGCAAGAGAAUGGGGCCCCAAUUGCAAAAUGCACGGGCCGCUAUACGUUGGGCCACCGAUUACUUCCUCAAAUGUGCAAAUGCUGCGCCCAACAAGCUCUUCGUUGGCGUUGGCGAUCCAAAUGCUGAUCACAAGUGUUGGGAAAGGCCUGAAGAUAUGGAUACUGUCCGGAGUGUCUAUUAUGUCUCUCCGAGCAGUCCUGGUUCCGACGUGGCCGGAGAAAUGGCCGCUGCUUUAGCUGCUGCCUCAUUAGUUUUCCGGACGGUUGAUCCGGUGUACUCAAAAAAGCUACUGGGAAAUGCAGUGAAAGUGUUUAGAUUUGCAGUUCAAUUCAGAGGCUCCUAUAGUGAUUCACUAGGCUCUGCAGCUUGCCCAUUCUAUUGCUCAUACUCUGGUUAUAAGGAUGAGCUAUAUUGGGGAGCGGCAUGGCUAUUGAGAGCAACAAAUGAUAUUUCAUACUUAAACUUCAUAAACACAUUGGGAGUCAAUGAUGUACCAGACUUAUUUAGCUGGGACAACAAGUAUGCUGGUGCUCAUGUUCUUAUGGCAAGGAGAAGCGUUGUUGGAAAUGACAAAAGGUUUGAUUCAUUCAGACAACAGGCUGAAAACUUUGUUUGCAAAAUAUUACCCAACUCACCUUAUACAAGCACCCAAUAUACAAAAGGGGGCCUAAUUUACAAGCUACCUGAAGAAAAUCUUCAAUAUGUGACAUCCAUCACAUCUUUGCUUACCACUUAUGCCAAAUACAUGGCAAGUAAAAAGCACACUUUCAACUGUGGAAGCCUCUUGGUCACAGAAAAGACCAUUAGAAUACUUGCAAAAAGACAGGUGGACUAUAUAUUAGGUAACAAUCCAAUGAAAAUGUCAUACAUGGUAGGCUAUGGAACAAAUUACCCUCGAAGAGUUCACCACAGAGGAUCAUCUUUACCUUCAAUGGCAAUGCAUCCACAGUCAUUUGGUUGUGAUGGUGGAUUUCAACCAUACUAUUAUACAGCAAAUGCCAACCCAAACAUUUUGGUUGGAGCAAUUGUUGGAGGUCCUAAUCAAAAUGAUUUCUUCCCGGAUGAACGUACAGAUUAUAGUCAUUCAGAGCCUGCUACUUAUAUUAAUGCUGCCAUUGUUGGACCUCUAGCAUACUUUGAUAGUUCCGAACGUUAGGGAAAAUUAAAAGAGGUAUAAGGGGUUGUUUUACUUUUAAAAUUUGUAAAUAUAUCCCUAGAUUGUUGUCCAAAAACAUAUGGGCAUGUGCCCCCAAAAGUUGGUGGCUACGUAGGGAUACUUUUAAUAUACCCUUCUCAUGUACCCUGUUUUAGAUGUUCUUUUGUUUUUAGUUGGGUUGUUUUCUUAAAGUGGAUGGUUUAAAAUUUAUGAGGGUGAAGUACACAAAUAGCAGUUAAAGUGGAUGGUUUAAAAUUUGUC